AUGCGCAAGGAACAGUUCAAGCGGCCCGAGCCAGGGUUUUCACUCUAUGAGGGCCGUACCAGGGGCAAGAAGAUGAAGUAUACGUAUUCAGACGACGAAGAUGUCUUUACGACCGACUCGACCACUCGAAGGUCUACUCGCAACACUGGAACCAAUACUCCGGUUGAAACUGGUCCGCUCACCACCGCCAGCGGCCGGCAGAUCAAGGCACCAACUCGCCUCAACCCUACAACUGGAAGCAGUGCCCCUGGUAGCGUGCAAGGAGACACUUCCGAAGUGGAGAAGGAGACGUCUGUUGGUCCAACAGGACGACCUCGAAGAUCGGCCGCCGUGAACCACGGUACAAGCGGCUGGACUGAACCCAAGAAGACUUCUCGGCAUAAUGCCGACGGUGACUCUGAGGAAGAGAGCGAGGCUGAAUUUGGAGACGAUGAAGAGGACGUUGACGAGCACGUUCCUGAGGAAUCGGACGAAGAAGAUGAGCUUGACGAGGAUGAAGCCAUGGCUGACGAUGAUCUGGACGAGCAAAACCAAAGCCUGGUUGUGAAGCUUUCAGUCACACCACCCAAACUGCGGAAUGUCCUGGAGCCCACUGUACAGGCUGGGAACAAACUGCCAACGCCAAGCUCCGACAAGGGGGCUGAAGAAUCCCGGCCUUCAGGAGAAACGGUUGAGAUGGAGGAUGCGCCGGCAGCUACUCCUAGUAAGGAAGCUCAACCUACAGCGCAACAAUCUCCCAUUCCAGACCCCGAUUUUGCUGAACGCAAGAAUUCGACACCGGGAACUAUUCAUGCGACAUCUUUGGCUUUUAGAGGGAGCCCAGAAAAGACGCAUGCGCAACCGGCUCCCCGACCGCUCGAUGUCAGCGCAAACCACCAGUGA